AUGAUCAAAGUCGAUGAAAACGAUCCAGUAGGAGAAAUCCAGCUAAGCUUUCCUUACAGAGACGUACAAAUACAAAGAGGGGUAGAUCCAAAAGACACUUUCAUCUUAGAAUCAGAAAUUGGAAGGGGAAAAUUCGGAACAGUCUACAGAUGCACCGAAAAAUCCACAGGACUGUCUUUGGCGGCCAAAUUCAUAGGGUGUCCGAAAAAAGAGGACAGAAGGAACGUCGAAAGAGAAAUAGAAAUCAUGAAGCAACUGCAACAUCCUAGGCUCAUUCAAAUUUACGACGCUUUCGAAAACGGGAAAGUGAUGACCGUCAUUUUGGAAUUAAUCGAAGGAGGAGAACUCUUCGAGAGAGUGAUUGAUGAUGACUUCAUACUCACGGAAAAAAGUUGCACGAUUUUUAUGAGACAGAUUUGUGAAGGAGUUGAUUUUAUUCACAAACAGAGGAUUCUGCAUCUGGAUAUGAAGCCUGAAAACAUCCUCUGUCUUACAAAAACGGGCAAUCGAAUCAAAAUAAUCGAUUUCGGUCUGGCCCGCAAAUUCGAUCCAGACAAGAAGCUGCAAGUACUGUUCGGCACCCCCGAAUUCGUGGCACCCGAAAUCGUGAAUUUCGACGAAAUCGGGUACGGGACAGAUAUGUGGAGCGUCGGGGUGAUUUGCUACGUGCUUUUAUCUGGUCUUUCGCCGUUUAUGGGCCACACAGAUGUGGAAACCAUGGCAAAUGUGACUAUCGCCAAAUACGAUUUUGAUGACGAAGCAUUCGAGGAAAUUUCUGAGAACGCCAAAGACUUCAUAAAGAAGCUGCUCAUCAAAGACAUGAACUGCAGACUCUCGGCCCAACAAUGUCUGGAACAUCAGUGGCUGAAGAGGAAAACGGUCCUACGUACCCCUAGCAUGGACGUCACCAAAGACAACCUCAAACAAUUCGUGGACAGGUGGAACGAGCCCUACGUGUUCGAAAUUUGCCCUCUAGGGGCCCGCUCCAACUCCAGUGAGUCCCUACUAGGGGACUCCCCCUCGCCUUGUGGGUCUUUGGCAUCCUCCUUGGGCUCUAUGGAUGGCAGCUCAGACUCGGGACUGCUUGGCCCUCCGCGGGAACCCUUCAGAAGGGCUUCGGACAGCGCUGGGUUGGUCAAGACCCAUGAUAUCGCGGAGCAGAUCAACUUGGCUGAGGAAAUCAGGAAGCUUUCGGAUAAGCUCUUCCAGCUUUCGAAGUUCGAUACCACGCUGACAGUUAAAAGCUCCUUUGAAGCUGAAGAAAAGGAGACGAACAAGCAAGGAGUAGCGCGCAGUGUCGCUGAGAGGAUAGCAGCAGCUGAAGCUAAGCCAAAGCAGGAAACUUCGAGCAAUGAGACCUGUGGCAUCCCUUGGAGGAAAACCAAGUUCAAGCUCAAUGGUUUAUCCAGAGAUGUGCCUCUGGCAGCUAGGAAUAUCCACAAGACGACUAACAGUCGGUUUACGGCGAACGUCAAGGAUUGCGGUGUUGCCAGUCCGAACGGCACCAAAGACCUUCUUUUGAAGCUUCUGGAGCACUGGGAUGGGCCUAAUAAGGCUUCUGCUAGGCUCAAUCAUAGACAUGCGUCGGUUUCUUCCGAGUGGACCGACGAAGAUUCGCUGGGACAGCGUACUAUAAGUUCUUUGAAUACGUUUUUUCAGUCGAGGGCUACCAAUAAAAAGAUAACUCCUUUUCAUUUUAAUAAAAGUUGA